AUGAGGGCGUGUCUCGAUGACUACGUCUGUUUGGUGACGGGUGCUUCGCGUGGAAUCGGUCGAGGUAUAGCCAUCGGCUUGGGUGAACGUGGUGCCACUGUUUAUAUUACUGGAAGGACAUUAAAAUCCGCAGAAGUGGGUGAGGCAGCUCGGUCACUUGAAGCGACAGCGGCUGAAAUCAACUCACGAGGAGGUAAAGCCAUCCCAGUUUUGGUCGAUCAUUCGGACGAGGGACAGGUAGCCGCGUUGUUCCAACGAAUUCAACGAGAACAAAGGGGACGUCUGGAUGUACUUGUAAACAACGUGUACUCCGCUGUGCCUUUCCUUUUCAAAUCACUCAAGAAACCUUUCUACGAAUGUGAAGAUCUAAGUCCCGGAGAAGCGUGGGAUCUUGUGAACAAUGUGGGUCUUCGAAACCACUAUGUCUGUGCCACGUUGGCCACAAAAAUGAUGUUGAACUAUCAAGCAGGAUUGAUUGUCAAUGUGUCAUCAAUCGGCGGAAAGAUUUACGCGUUUUCAACGCUUUACGGUGUAGGUGAGUGUAUCCAUAAUAUUUCAUCAAAUGCAACCUCUCAGCGCUUGCUUUAUUUACGAAGUUGCACACACGAGAGCACCGAUGAAGCGAUUUACCAAUCAGAUUGCGGUAUUGUGUCCUUGACCUUGGUUUCCAGUAAUCCAGGAAUAUUAAGAAUGAACCAUCAACUUCCGCGUUAG